CAUGUCAGAAGAAGAGAUGAGAAAUGAAAAUUUAGAAAAUCCAAAUGUUAUAAAGACAGUGGAGUUACUAGCAAAGGGUUUAAUGGAAAUAUACGAACCGCCCAUAUCAACUUUGAAUACACAUUUAAAGGAAUUGACAGAUGAACAAGAGGCUGUACACAAUAUGAUUGUAUCAGAAAACAGAAGAAUAGAUGAUCUACAAAAUGAUGCUACAUUAGAUGCAUUGUUAGCAGAUAUAGCGACAAAUAAAGAAAAGUUGACAUCGUUAACAAGCUCAAUGUUGUCAUUACAUAAGAGAGUACAGGAUUUGCAGGUGAGAGCUGCAAAUGUGGAAAAGGCUGCAAAAAGUAGGGCGACAAACUGAACUGUAUUAUUAAUUUUUUUUUAAGAGUUUUAUGUAGGUUAUUAAUAUUAAUUGUAAAGGAAGAACUAUGACUUAAAAUA